AUGAAAAGAACUCAGCAAUCAUUAUUGCAUUUUUAUAAAAAAUCUAAACAGUCCACCGAAUCUGUCGAUGAUACAUUUCAAUCUACAUCGAAUGUUUUACAAGAUGAUGACAUUAUGGCAACACUUGAAACAGAAAAAACAGCUCCAAAUCCACCAGUUGUUUCUCCGGUAAUUGAACCUAGUUUAAAAUGUUUAGAUUCUAAGUUUGAUAUGGGAGGUUAUGUUGAGUGUAAAAAAAAUUUAAGUGACGAAGAGAAAGUUUCAAUUUUGCGAAACGUAUGGACACCCGAUUUAAAGUUUAAUUUCCCGCAUGAUAAUAGUGGAAAAUAUAAACAUAAAAUCCAAAUUAAAUGGCUUGAAACUUUCAAAUGGUUAGCAUAUUCAAAAUUAAGAGAGGGUUUAUUUUGUAAAUUCUGUGUACUGUUCUUAAAUUUAAAUCAUGCUGGUAAGGGAUCACAUGAGAAGUUAGGUAAACUUGUUUUAAAACCCUUGACAAAGCUAAAAGACACAUUGGAAGACUUUAGAAAUCACGAAAAAAAUGAUUACCAUAAAAAUUCGUUACUUACUGCUGACAACAUAAAAGUAAUUUUAGAAAAAAAACAAGAUAAUAUAUUAGUACAAUUGAAUAGUAAACGAAAAGAUGAAGUCAUAAAAAAUCGCGCAAAACUUAAACCAAUUAUUCAAACAAUUCGGUUAUGUGGUAGACAACAAAUAGCGUUACGGGGGCACGAGGAUUCUGGUAGAAUUUUUUUAGAAGAACCAAAAAGUAACGAUGGUAUUUUCCGUUGUUUGCUCCGAUAUCGCUCGAAAAAUGGUGACAACGUAUUAAAAGAACAUUUGGAAACUAGUGUUGGUAAAUCUAUGUACCUAUACAAGCCCACUUAUACAAAAUGA